AGAAAAAUGACAAAUUAUGAAAAUGUAUUAAAUCUGCCAAUAAAUUUCAAUGGCAAUGACCUAAAUUCUGAAUUAGCCAAUCCCAGUGCAGCACAUGAUGGUGUGAAAAUGUCCCAAAGAGAUUUCUCAGAGAAUGAACCCGAGUGUAAUGCAGAACUGACGGCAGCCAACCGUGCACUUUUCCUAGAAAAAGUACGACAGUCAAAUGCCGCCUGCCAGAAUGGCGACUUCGGAACCGCAGUCUUGCUCUACACGGAUGCAUUGCAACUCGACCCCAGCAAUUACAUCCUGUACAGCAAUCGUUCGGCAGCGCGUCUUAAGCAAGGACAAUUCGCAUUGGCGCUGCAAGAUGCGACAAAAGCACGCGAACUGUGCCCGCAAUGGCCUAAAGCGUAUUUUAGACAAGGCGUCGCCUUGCAAUGCCUGGGCAGGUAUGGUGAGGCACUUGCUUCCUUUGCGGCUGGAUUGGGACAGGAUCCGCAGAACAAACAACUGCUGGCCGGUUUGGUUGAGGCUUCGAUAAAAAGCCCACUGAGGCAUGCUCUUGAGCCAACAUUCCAACAAUUACGAGCUAUGAAUCUGGACCAGUCCCCGUUUGUGGUUAUAUCGGUGGUGGGCCAGGAGCUCCUACAGGCCGGACAAUACCACUCGGCAGUGACGGUAUUGGAGGCAGCAUUGCGUAUCGGAUCGUGCUCGCUGAAGUUAAGAGGAUCAGUAUUCAGUGCCCUCAGCUCAGCCCACUGGGUUCUCAAUCAACUGGACAAGGCCAUCGCGUAUAUGCAACAAGAUCUGGCAGUGGCUAAGAGCUUGGGCGAUACAGCUGGCGAAUGUCGAGCUCAUGGCAACCUGGGUUCGGCCUACUUCAGUCAAGGUUCUUUCAAGGAAGCGCUGACGGCUCACCGCUACCAACUUGUGUUGGCUAUGAAGUGCAAGGAUACACAGGCCGCGGCGGCAGCUCUGACGUCUUUAGGUCAUGUGUAUACGGCCACCGGAGACUAUCCCAACGCUCUGGCGAGUCACAAGCAGUGCGUACAACUCGUCAAACAGAUCGGAGAUCGUUUGCAGGAAGCCAGAGAGAUUGGCAAUGUCGGUGCUGUUUUCUUAGCCAUGGGGGAUUUUGACUCCGCAGUAGAUUGCCACACACAGCACCUGAGGUUGGCGCGCAAACUGGGCAACCAAGUUGAAGAAGCCAAGGCGUACUCUAACUUAGGAUCGAGCCACCAUUAUCGGCGCAACUUUGCUCAGGCGAUGACCUAUCACGAACAGGUUCUAAGAAUUGCACAGCAGCUGGGCGAUAGAAAUAUUGAAGCAAGGGCAUACGCCGGAUUAGGUCACGCAGCCAGAUGUGCCGGCGACAUUGUCCAAGCCAAGAAAUGGCACGAAAAACAAUUAGAAAUAGCCUUGGCGUCGCGAGACAAGAUUGGAGAAGGGAGGGCCUGCUCAAAUUUGGGGAUUGUAUACCAACUGCUGGGGGAACAUGACGCAGCGCUGAAGUUGCACCAGGCUCACCUCACCAUAGCAAGACAGAUGCACGACCGUGCCGGAAUGGGCAGAGCGUACGGGAACAUAGGCAACGCCUACUCCUCGGCGGGUCUGUAUGAAGCGGCCAUUAAGUAUCACAAACAGGAAUUAAUCAUAAGUAAAGAAGUGAACGACCGCAGUGCGGAGGCGUCUACACAUGGCAACUUGGCGGUGGCCUAUCAAGCCUUGGGUGCACACGAUAUGGCUAUGAUCCACUAUCGGGCUCACCUUAACAUAGCUCGUGAACUGAAGGAUACGCAAGGCGAAGCCUGCGCCCUAUUGAAUUUAGGCAACUGUCUCAGUUCUCGGCAGGAGUUUGCGCAAGCAGUCCCCUACUAUGAACAGUAUUUGAUGUUGUCCCAGGAAUUGGGGGAUGUGGCUGCCGAAGGCAAAGCCUGCCACUUUCUGGGCUACGUUCACUAUUGCCUUGGCAACUAUCGCGAGGCGGUGCGCUACUACGACCAGGACCUGGCUCUGGCCAAAGAUUUGCAGGACAAGGUGAACAUGGGCAGGGCCUACUGCAACUUGGGUCUGGCACAUCUGGCAUUGGGCAAUACGCAAGCAGCACUGGAGUGUCAAAAGUAUUUCCUGGCGGUUGCACACAUGACGAAUCACCUGUCGGGAAAAUUUCGGGCACUCGGCAACAUCGGCGACAUCCUGGUGCGUACUGGGGACGUCGAAGAGGGUGCGAGAAUGUAUCAACGUCAACUGACCUUGGCCCGUCAUGCGCGAGAGAGGUCAAUGGAGGCGGCAGCCUGCGGAGCCCUAGGCUUGGCACACAGGCUCAUUAAAAAAUACGACAAAGCUCUGGGAUAUCAUACACAGGAGCUGUCGCUGCGCCAGCAAAUGUCAGACCUGAAAGGAGAAUGCAAAGCUCAUGGACACUUGGCGGCAGUGCACAUGGCCCUGUGCAACUACCCGUUGGCCGUGAAGUGCUACCAGGAUCAGCUGACGAGGUCUCAAGAACUGCACGACUCGGCCAUAGAAGCUCAAACGUUCGGAAACCUAGGCAUAGCCAAAUUAAACAUGGGCCACUACGAGGACGCCAUCGGCUAUUUAGAGCAGCAAUUGGGCACUUUGGAACGAGUGAAUCAACCAACAACUCAGCACGACAGAGCGAGAGCCCUGGGUCAUCUGGGCGAUUGCUACGAUGCCUUAGGAGACUACGAAGAAGCCAUAAAAUGCUAUGAGCGCCAUCUACAACUGGCCACAUCGCUGCAAAGCUUGCGAGAUCAAGAGAAGGCUUACAGGGGCAUGGGACACAGCCACCGAGCCCUGGGCAACCUGCAGGAGGCAUUGGUAUGUUUGGAGAAGCGUUUGGUCGUGGCACACGAAUUGGGUAGCGCGGCUGAAGUGAAGGCUGUGGCAUAUGGAGACCUCGGCAACAUUCAUUGUGCCCUGGGCAACUACGAGCAGGCAAGGAACUGUCUGGAGCACCAGCAAGAAAUCGCCCGUGAGUUAGGGGACCGGAAACUAGUUUCAGAUGCAACUAGCGCUCUAGGCAAUGUCUAUCAGCGAAUGGGGGACAAUGACGGAGCGCUGAGUUUACACAAAAUGGACUUGGAGAUGGGGGAACUUUUGGGCAAUGCCUAUAUGCAGGCUCGGGCAUGUGGUAACCUGGGAGCAGUUUACGAAGCCAUUCGUUCCCAUGACGAUGCUGUAACAUUCUACGAGAAACAACUAUCAAUGACCACGGACCACCUUACCAAAACCAUUGCAUGCGGAUCUCUGGGAAGAGUAUACCACCAGAUGGGAAACUACUCGGAGGCAAUCACCUACCUGAAGCAGGGUCUGACAUUUGCUCAAUCCAUAAACAAAUCGGAAGAAGAAGCCAAAAUAAGACAUCAAUUAGGUCUUGCACUAAGAGCUUCCGGUGACAACGAAGGAGCCAGACUUCAAAUGGAGAGUGCUGCCCAACUACUGGAAUCGGUGCGGUACGACCAGCGCAGCCCAGAGGCACGUACCAAUAUUUACGAUCUGCAGACCUCCUGCUAUCAUAUCCUACAACAGAUUUUUGUGGCCAUGCAGCGCAACGAGGAGGCAUUGGUGGCCGCUGAACGGUGCAAAUCACGGUCUGGCCCUGAAGCGAAUAACGCAACACGCAAGACCAUGAUGACGUGCACCGAACACAUAUACGACAUUGUCAAUCGCACAAAGAACAAUGUCUUAUAUUUCAGCAUGGCCACCGACGAGCUGUAUGCUUGGUUUUUACAACCACAGAAGGGCAUUGUGCGCUUCCAUGCAGUUAAAAUAAGCGAGGAGUCGUUGAAGAUAUCAUCGGAAAAGCUGGCCGAGCACUCAAAGACAGGCGGUGUCAAGGAGAGUCUCUUAGAACGAUAUAUCAAUAUGGUGCGUGACAACUUAGGGGUGAAUUCCGACUCGGUACUGCACGAGGGAGACGGCAGUGGGUGGCGAGCUUCAACGGAGAACUUACUUGAUGACUUUAGCAGCGAACGAUCUGGAUUCCUGCGCAUGGUGAACCGAAAUCACUUAAUGAAUUCGUCCAACUACUCCCUUAGCUCGCUAUUUAGUCUGGGUUCUGUGGGUGGGUCAGUGGCCAGCCUCCAGGGGUCCACGCGCUCUAUAGGUAGUCUUCAGGGCUCCUCGCGCUCGCGUAGGACUCCUUCAGUGUGGCAAGGUCCAAGCUGCCUACACACUCUAUUUAACAUUCUUAUGGCUCCAUUUGACGACUUAUUGCCCACGGGCGGGGCUGUGUCCAGACAAGGACGAAAGGAAUUAAUUUUGGUGCUCGACAACGAGCUGUAUUUGGUGCCUUUUGCUAUUCUGCGCAGUUCGAAAGAGGACGGCGAAUAUCUAUCGGAAAGAUGUUCUCUAAUAACGGUGCCAUCACUGCAAUCACUGCGGGUGAAGAGUAAGGCGUUGCGUUCCCGCGAACUAGCUGAGAAUUUGAACACCGCCCUCGUAGUCGGUGGUCCACGUAUACCGACCACCUUAGCCGAAACAUGGGGUUGGUCCGAAUCGCCAGCUUCAUUGCAGGAAGCUGCAAUGGUUGCCGACAUGCUGCAAGCCAAAACACUUGCUGGCUGCAAUGCCACCAAAGAAGCAGUUAUAUCCGAACUGCCCACAGCGGAGUGUGUGCACUUUGCGGCCAAUCUAAGUUGGAAGUUGAGCGCCGUAGUCUUGAGUCCCGGUGAUGUCGUCGACUCACAAUCUCAGAAAAGGUUCUACCAGUCGUCGAACGCUGAGAUUUCGGCGGGGCAAGACAACGAUCCACCAGAUCUUUCCGGUGGCAAUAUGGAGUUGCCACAGUUGUCCGACUUCAUACUCUCGUCCUCCGAUGUGUUGAACAUCAAACUCAACGCAAAAUUAGUCGUUUUAAGUUCCUAUCAUUCAAUAGAGCCGAUAACCGGGUCAGGAGUGGCAAACUUAGCUGGCAGUUGGCUAGGGGCCGGAGCUGGCGCUGUUCUGAUAUCACUAUGGCCGGUGCCGGAGACUGCUGCCAAAAUUUUACUCAGAGCAUUUUAUUCGGCAUUACUGCAAGGGGCCAGAGCCGCAAGAGCACUGGCCGAAGCUAUGCAAACGGUUCAGCACACAAAGCACUUCGCCCACCCAGCCAAUUGGGCGGGCUUUCUGUUGGUUGGCGGAAAUGUACGCCUUUCUAAUAAAGUUGCAUUAAUGGGCCACGCCCUAUGUGAACUCAUGCGCACUCCGGACAAGUGUCGAGAUGCUUUGCGUGUAUGUCUUCACCUAGUGGAAAAAAGUCUGCAGCGCAUUCAUCGGGGACAAAAGAAUGCAAUGUACACCACACAAAAGAGCAUCGAAAACAAGGCCGGACACGUAGCCGGAUGGAAGGACCUCCUAAUGGCUGUGGGAUUCCGCUUUGAACCAGCCGCCAACGGCAUACCAUCCAGUGUCUUCUUUCCCCAGUCUGACCCCGAAGAUCGCUUAUCGCAGUGUUCAGCAAGUCUUCAAGCCCUACUAGCCCUAACGCCGUUGACGUUGCAAGCCUUAGCCAAGCUAGUCAGUAGCUCUGAUAUGGCGGACGACAUUAUAGCCGUAAUACGAAACGUUUUAGCGAAAUACCCGCCAAAAGGCAGUCCCGAAUCGGAGACGACUAUAGAAAUUCCUCUUUCGGUGAGAUUGUGGCGUGUCGCAGGAUGCCACGAACUCCUGGCAUCUAUGGGCUUCGACUUGACAGAAGUCGGCCAAGAUCAAGUCACCCUUCGGACGGGAAAACAGGCCAAUCGUAGAAUAUGUCAAUUUGUUUUGCAGGCCCUGUUGGCGCUUUUCGAUACCCAAGAAGCCCCCAAGAGUUUGGGUCUUGACUCGUCCAGCAGCUGUGAGUCCCUAAUUGAAGAUACUGUUAUCACGGAGGCGGUAACACCCAUUGCCACUACAAAUCACACGCAAUUAACUGCAGCAAGCCAUCAACCAUUGACGGCAGACACCAGUAAGCAACCUAUAAAUGUUGGAGUGACCUUGCCUCCGUUGCCCAUAAAUAGAUCGCGCUUGAUAAGUACAGGCAGUGGCGCCUUCAUAUCGUAUGUGCGGCGAAGGGGUGAACCCGAUGGCGGGAGAACGGACAAUGAGUCGAUCCCUGUCCCAGGGGCAGCCUGCAGUUCCUCAUCUAUGUACCCUGCAUUGGACUCCAGUCUAAAUAACACAACAGACAGUGAGCUAUCAGAUGGUUAUAUAUCACAAAGCCACAUUACGAAGACAAACCAUUGUCGUCUGGGAUCGUCAACGCUAAGAGGGCCAGUUCGAGUAUCAAGACCCGGUGGGGGCGGAGAGAGCGAUGCUGCAUUCACACCAAGUCCCCCAGUCACCACACAAAACCCCGUGGAUUCAAAUGUGUCUAUGGCUUUGGCCCACCAAACUAGAAUUCGUAAUUUGUAUUCCGGAACGGGAAUGGGUUAUUUGGGUGAUUCGGCCAUACCGGAACUGACAGCAGCUCCAAGCACAGCGAACCGCAGACCGGAUAGCUCUAGUUCCGCCAGUUCCACCACUGAUUGGGAAGGCUCUGGCCACGCUACAGUCUUGAGAAGAGGCGUACAUAUGCCCCCUCUACCACCGCCCAGGCAAAAUAUGCCAUUAGUUGACAGUUUGAGACCGCUGGCACCUAUGGUCCCUGUAUAUAAUAAUUUAAAUGCCAAUUUGCCAACGUCCAACUCAACGGGCAACGUUGCCGACUCGAACAGUAGCGAGUCUGAAUUCGAAAGGAGCUUAAAAGGUGGCCAAGUGCCAAUGUCGCAGUUCCGACUGAAGCCAAAAAUCAAGCUAGGGAGUGCACAAACAUCGGUUGCGGCUAGGGUCAGCAAGGAGCAUGCCCUAUUUAUGGACCGACUGAAUGUAAGAACGGAACCAAACCCACAGGGGUCGUCGGUAAACCCAAUAUCAUCCACGCAUACGACAUCUACAAAUAACACCGCUGGCAGCCGAAAACCCAUCAAUUUACCCGAUGACGAUGACAGUGCACUGGUGUUCAAUGCAUCCAAUAUGUACUAUCCGCAAGCGGACAGUGAUCUGCUGCCGGAGACCAAGAAAGAACACAAACCUAGUAAUCACAACGGUUCUACAUCUGGCAGCGCUUCGUCUCAAGGUGUCGCUGCAAAAGAUGCUACCUCUAAAACAAAUCAAAAAACUAUUCAGGACUCCAUAAUGCGCCAAAUGAACCGAGAGAUGACGCCGACCAUUUCGGAAGUCUAUCAUGAACGCAACUUGGGACUGGGUUUGGCCCCACCGCUCUCCCAGCUAUUACUCAGCAAAAACUACGAAGAAGCUGAAACCUGCAAGCCCACACAAGCCAACAGCAUUGCCCUGAAAAGUCUGGCCGAUGCUGCCAACGACAUUGAAUUAAGUGGUGCUUCUUCGACAUCCUCUGUUAGCACCACAAACACUAAAACCCUAAACACCCAAAGUUCCAUCGCCGCCAACACCCCGCACGGAGACGAAUGCUCGACAUGCGGUGAACCGUCCGACAUUAUUUGCCACUGCAAAAGCGCCACCGUUCAAAAGAAGGCUUCGCAUAAGCCUUGGUUAAGUAACGUCCCCUCCAGCAUAGUAAAGGCCAGCGACCUAACCACAGCCGACAUACUGGAGAGGCAAAAUAAAAUCCGCACCAGUGUCAUCAAAGAGGCUGUCAAUCCCCCGCCACCCUUGCCAAGUUCUCUGUCAACACUGAAACGUGUACCCAGUCCCUUCAAUGAGUAUUGUCGCCGUGACGAAGGCGACGGUCGUUCCGUGGCCGAUUCGCAGUGUAGCAGUAAUUACAAAAAUAUAACAAUAGUAAAAGCUGAGGCCAGUCAGGCCAGCAUCGUACCCAAUAGGAAAGUGUAA